UUUCUUUCCUGUCGUAAAAAUCUUGAAAAAUAGCCAACUGUCUUUCGUUUUGAUUACCGUGCAAACAGUUAUUGUCGAAGUGCUGUAGUACUGACAGCGUACCAGUUGCCGGACAAAAAUCAGUUUUUCUUUCAUUAUUACAGAAAUUUUACAACAUAAAUGAAAGCUACACGAAAUUCAGAUUGAAAGAGUUCUCUCAUAUCAUCUUCGACAGAGGUUUAUAUGCACAUGUGGACUUCCAGUGGGAUUAUUAAAAGGUGUGGAUGUUUUAUCUACAUUUGUAUUUAGAAGUUUUGAUCAGUUAGAUCUGAAUUGGGACCUCCGUGGCAGAGUGGUUAAGGUUGCUGACUUCAAAUCACUUGCAGCGUCCUCACCAAUGUGGGUUCGAGCAUCACUUAGGGAUAGAAUUCUUCCUGUGAGUGGUUGCUGAACAACUUUUGAAAGGCCUAUUAUUCACAAACAUUAGAAGUAAACUGUGGCAAUGUAAUUUCUAAAAAAAAAUCCAUGAGAUGUGAAGUUAGAAUAAUAGUAAAUGGUGUUGUUCCAGUGAGGACUCCACAAAGUUUAAAAGCACUGAACAAAGAUGAUGUGAAUUCAAAUUUUUGUCUGGCAAACAUUCUAUAAAUGCUAAACAGUUAGUAAAGUGAUGUCAUUUUACGGAAUUUGUAACAAUGAAGAUCAAUGAGAAAAGUUUAUCGAGGUACGCAUGUUCCGGUGCACCGCCGGACAAGGAGGGGUAUCUGCACAAGCGGGGAGACUUCAACAGAGGGUACCAGAAAAGAUGGUUCAUCCUGAAAGGAAACCUGUUCUUUUAUUAUGAGAAAAGAACAGAUAAAGAUCCUUUAGGUAUGAUAGUUCUUGAAGGUUGUAUGGUGGAGUUGUCUGACCACGAAGAUGGUUAUACGUUUAUGAUAAAUUUCCCAGGGUCAAACACACGCACAUACAUUCUGUCAGCUGACACACAGGAAGAGAUGGAAGCUUGGAUGAAGGUAUUGUCUGGAGCAAGCUACGAUUACAUGAAAUUAUGUGUGAACGAACUUAAGGCUCAGUUACAAGACGUUGACUCAAAUUCCAAUCGUAAACUGCUGCAGAGUGCAUUUGAAGACAGAAACACUUUUGUCAGAUCAGGACUCAUUCAAGAUAAGUCAGGAUUGAGCAAUAACAAAACAAACUCUGCGUUCGGCGGUCAUGCUCGACGACAUAACCCAUUUGACGAUGACUCAUUUGAUCAUGAAAGUAUGAUUUCGCGAAGUGAAUCAAUUGUUAGUGAGAAAAAGGCGAGAACUUUUCUGGAAAUGCAUGAAGAAUUUAAACAACAGAUUAAAGAAAUAACACUCGAAUGGCUGAAAACUCAUCCACACUCGGCAUUAACAAAACAACAAAAUGAAUGUUGUGCAUGACACAACAUUUUUGAUUAACACUUAAUUCUUCAAUAUUGUCAUCAUUGUGAAUCAAUAUUGUGAUAUUAUGCAAAAAUAUGGCCUAUGCUCAGUCAGUGAUACCAAGGUGAUAUGAACAACUUAAGUAAACAUAGAAUACUCAUUUCUAGCUAUGAACCUUAAACUGCAUGCCCCUAUCUGUAUGUCGAAAUAAAAUUUUUGAAAUAAAUGUUAUGAAUCAUUAAAACUCAUUAUAUUUUUAUUUUUAAGUUAAUUCUUGUAAAAGUUGAUCAUUGUAGCUGAGCUGAAACAUGCUAACAUUUGAAAGUUCUUUUCUUAAUUUCAACAAUUCAGACACAAAAUUCUUGGGGCAUGCUGAUAUAACAGGAAGCUGUUUGGCUUGCUGUAGCAGGUUCUGCAUGCAGACAUUUGAUUAACCUCUGUCUUUAAUUUUGAAUUGGUAUAAUUUGCUGGUAGAAAGCAACUUGAUUGAUAGAAAUUGUUUUUUAUGCAAUUAAAAUGAUGUGUUAAUGUGAUGUGAAAUAAGGCCUAUCCGAUAGGGAAAAAAACCUGUGUGUUUUACCUGAAAAAUUGUGGCAAUGUGCAAAAAAUGCCAACAUUGAAGUUGAUAGAUAUUACAAUGACACUGUAAUUAUACCAAUCAAGUUAUCUUAACAUUCCAGUGUUAUGUCAUCAAACAGAAAGUAGAAAGAAAAAUUAUCAGAUUAUGGAGUAUAAAGUCUUAUUUCCAGUAUUACGUGACACUUUUGAAAUGAAAUCAUGUGAUAUUUCGUUAGGAAAAUGUAUGAUCUUGAAACACAUAAGGUAACAUUUAUUCUCCUAAACUGUGUUGUAUUUGUGAACCUGUUAGUGUUUUGUAAGAACUUAGUAACUGGCUCGUAAUAAUUUAUGAUAUGUCUCAAAGGCCAAAAGGUUGUUUGUAAAUUUUACAGAAAUGUUUUUUUUUUAUUGAGGUCUCAGGCUUUGGCCUGCUAGAGUUAAAGGCUCAUGGUUUGUUAUAAGUAAAAAUGUGUACUCAUUUUCAUUUUUAAGCAUUAACAUUUUUAGCUCAUUUUUUCAAAUAGUAGAGCUUUCGGUGUCACCCUUUUUUACUUCAGUGUCUGCAUUCAUGUCACAGAAGUUUUGCAUAUAAGCAGGGGUGUCUCAAAAACUAAUUGGCCAAAAUGCUUUCAAACUUCACACAUUUUUUGGCAUCAUGAGGUGACCUCACAGGGCAAAUUACUUAUUAACUCUAGCUGUUAUUUUGUUAAAAUUAUACCCGUUAAUAACAUAGCGAAAGUUUAGCAUGUAAAGCAUGUUUCUCGAGAACUCCUUGAUCAAGAUUUAAUAUAUUCAGAUUCUCCACAAAUCUUUUGCUUCAUCAGAUGACUUACAUGCAAGUUCCAAAACUCUGACUUACAUUUUGGCAAAAUUAUGCCCUUUUUUUCAAUAUAGAAAAUUUUGCAUAAUCUUUUGUAAGCUAGUAUUAGGUGGAAGGGCAUAAAAUAGUCAAGCACAGUGUCAUAAGACAGCUCUUAUUCUUUAAAGGAUUUCUUUCCCUGAAUUUUUUGAUGGAUUUUAAUUAGACUUAGUCUGUAUUUUCCUUGCAUGGAACUCACUUUAAGUUUGUUUAGAUGAUCUCUCAAGUUUGUUUAGAUAGAAAGUAUUUAAACAACUUCACAUGAACAGCAGUAUUUUUUUUUAUUGAAUUUAGUCUACCGGUAGUUUCUUUGCAUGCCCUCUCUGAAUUUUGGUGAUAGGUGAAAUUUUGAAACAUUCUAAAUGAAACAUUAACCUUUAGCCUGCUGUCAGCAAGUGAUUCUGCCUUUGUGACCAGUGCAGACCAAGAUCAGCCUGCACAUCCGUGCAGGCUGGUCAUGGUCUGCACUGUUCGCUAUUCAGUCAGUAAAUUUUCAGUAAACACCCAUUCUGAUAAUAAAUGGUAUUGCCCAAAUUGAAUGAUGGACCAUUCCAUUUUAGAAAUUUAGCAGGGUAAAGGUUAAAGGUAAGUUUUGAUACACAAAAUGUUGUUCUGUAAUUUCCCGUCUUAAAAUAGCGCCCACAUGACAUACAUUUGGUAUUUAUGAAAUCUAGGUCAAGUGCGAAACUAGGUCAUCUAGGGUCAGACGGUUGGUCACCAGGUCAAACCGUAGAAAAAACUUGUAUUAUCUACAUGAAACAGGGUUGGAAUGUUUGUCUUUAUGAAAUUGCGUCCAAUAAGGAACUGGGUCAUCUGGGGUAAAAACUUCAAACUAGAUCAGGUGAGCCAUACUGGGCCUUCAUGGCCAUGUUGUUUAAGAUAUCUUGAUUAUUCCUAAAAAAUGAAUAAGGACGAUAUUCACUGAAACCCUUUUCACACAUUUGAUGCCAGAAAACACUGCACUUGAGAUAUUGCAAAUAUAGUUAUAGGCCAAGUAAUAAUGUUAAUAUUUUAAAAAAGAUGUGAUUACCAGCAGUGUUAAUGUGCAUGUUAAAUGGGCAUGGGUCCAAAGUCUAAAUGUAUGUCAAAUAUUUUAAAAUUAAAACAGUACUUUCAUUUUGUUAGUUAAUUUGAAAGUACAAAAAAGUAAUUUUGUUAUCACAAGGUAAUAUUUUUUUAUAAAAACCUUUGUGUUGUCUGCAGAAUAAUAUAUUUAACCUUUAGCCUUCUGUCGGCAAGUGAUUCUGCCUUUGCGACCAAUGCAGACCAAGAUCAGACUGCACGUCCAUGCAAGCUGAUCAUGGUCUGCACUGUUCAGUCAGUAAAUUUUUAUUGAACACCCCUUGGAAUAAUAAAUGGUAUUGCCCAAAUUGAACGAUGGACCAUUCCAUUUUAGAAAUUUAGCAGGGUAAAGGUUAAACUACCGGCAUCAGUCAUGCAGUAAAAAUAUAAAUUAAUAGUUGUACAGUGGAACACUGCUCUUUCGAGUAUCAGUGCUUCAAGCACCCGGGCUCACUUGAACCAUUUAUAUGGUCUGCAGCUAUUUUCCUUCUAUUUUUAGCUCACCUGAGCCAAAGGCUCAUGGUGAGCUUUUGUGACCACUCAAUGUCCAUCGUCCGUCCGUCAACAAUUUCUAAAAAAAAUUCUUCUUGAAAAUCACUGGGCAGAAUUACACAAAACUUCACAGGAAUGAUCCUUGGGUGGUCCCCUUUCAAAAUUAUUCAAAGAAUUGAAUUCCAUGCAGAACUCUGGUUGUCAUGGCAACCGAAAGGAAAAACUUUAAAAAUCUUCUUGUCCCAAACCGCAAGGCGUAGAGCCUUGAUAUUUUGCAUGUGACAUCAUCUAAUGGUCCUCUAUAAAAAAAAUUCAAAUUAUGCCCCUGGGGUGAAAAGAGGCCCCGCCCGGGGGGUCCCAAAUUUUGCAUAGACUUAUAUAGGUAAAAACUUUAAAAAUCUUCUUGUCUAAAACUACAAGACCUAGGCCUUUGAUAUUUGGUAUGUAGUAUUGCCUUGUGGUCCUCUACCAAAAUUGUUCAAAUCAUUACCCUGGAGUGAAAAGAGGCCCUGCCCCGGGGGGUCUCAAGUUUUACAUAGUAUAUAGGAAUUGUUUUUAAAAAUCUUCUUGUCUGAAACUGCAAGGCCUAGGCUUUUGAUAUUUGGUAUGUUGCAUUGCCUUGUGGUCCUCUACCAGAAUUUUUCAAAUUAUAACCCUUGGAUGAAAAGAGGCCCUGCCCCGGGGGGUCUCAAGAUUUUAUUUUUAGCUCACUUGAGCCAAAGGCUCAUGGUGAGCUUUUGUGACCGCUCAGUGUCCGUCGUGUGACGUGUGUCGUGCGUCCGUCAACAUUUUCUAAAAAAAUCUUCUUCUUGAAAACCACUGGGCAGAAUUACACCAAACUUCACAGGAAUGAUCCUUGGGUGGCCCCCUUUCAAAAUUUUUCAAAGAACUGAAUUCCAUGCAGAACUCAAAGAAAAACUUUAAAAAUCUUCUUGUCCAAAACCGCAAGGCAUAGAGCCUAGAUAUUUGGCAUGUGACAUUAUCUAAUGGUCCUCUAUGAAGAUUGUUCAAAUUGUGCCCCUGGGGUGAAAAGAGGCCCCAAGUUACAUAGACUUGUAUAGGAAAAAAAAUUUGAAAUUCUUCUUGUCUGAAACUGCAAGACCUAGGCCUUUGAUAUUUGGUAUGAAGCAUUGCCUUGUGGUCCUCUACCAAGAUUGUUCAAAUUAUGCCCCUGGGGUGAAUAGAGGCCCUGCCUUGGGGGGUCUUAAGUUUUACAUAGACUUAUAUAGGAAAAAACUUUAAAAAUCUUCUUGCCUGAAACUGCAAAGCCUAGGCUUUUGAUAUUUGGUAUGUUUCAUUGCCUUGUGGUCCUCUACCAAAAUUGUUCAAAUUAUGUCCCUGGGGUGAAAAGAGGCCCUGCCCUGGGGGUCCAAAAUUUUACAUAGACUUUUAUAGGGAAAAAAUAAAAUCUUCUUUUCUGAAAGUUUAAGGUCUAGGCCUUUGAUAUUUGGUAUGUAGCAUUGCCUAGUGGAUCUCUAGCAAGAAUGUUCAAAUUAUGCCCCUGGGAUGAAAAGAGGCCCACCCUGGGUGUCACUUGUUAUAUGAGUUAUAUAGGAGUAAAUACUUCAAAAAUUAUCAGAUCAUAUUUCCUAGACUGUUUAAUUAUAAUUACCUGAUGACCCUAAGUGAUUAGGAGUCACUUGACUGACCUUGACCUACUUUCUUGUUUUUUAUGAUAAGCCUUGAAAUUUGGAUGACAUGUACAGUUUUGCACACCAGUCUUAAAACUGACUUUCAGUGAUCAUGAAUUUGACCUACUGACCUACUUUCUAAUAUUUUUGCAUCAGUUUGCUAUUUGAAACAUGUGGCUUAUGUUACUCAGGUUAGCGAUUCAGGGUCAUCAUGACCCUUUUGUUAAUUAAAAAAUCUUCUUGUCCUAAAAUUCAAGGCCUAGGCCUUUGAUAUUUGGUGUGUAGCAUUGCCUAGUGGAUCUCUUACAAGAUUGUUCAAAUUAUACCCCUUGGAUGCCCUGUGGGUCAGUUGUUAUAUGAGUUAUAUAGGAAAAAGUACUUAAAAAUUAUUAGAUCAUAGGUCCUGGACUGUUUAAUUAUAAUUACCUGAUGACCCCCAAGUGAUUAGGGGUCACCUGACUGUGACCUUGACCUACUGACCUACUUUCUUGUUUUUUAAGAUACAACCUUGAAAUUUGGAUGACAUGUACAGUUAAGCACACAGAUCUUAAAACUGACUUUCAGUGACCAUGAAUAUGAUCUACUGACAUACUUUCUUUAUAUUUUAGGAUCAGUUUGUCAUUUGAAUCAUGUGGCUCAUAUUACUCAGGUGAGUGAUUCAGGGUCAUCAUGACCCUCUUGUUUUUUGUAUUGAUGACUCAAAACACUUGACAGCUUUAAACACUUCGCUCAUUUCCUGGCAAAGGGGAGCAAUUGUUGUUUUAUUGCAUUUUAUAUUCUUCAUUAUCCUGAAAUACAAGUUUAUUCUAUACCAACUUAAAUAAUAUUGGUUACUGAUAUUUGAUAUUUUACAAAUAUUGCCAUCUGUUAAAAAAAGGGGAUAUUUCGAUGCACAUUUUGAGGCAUUUAUGUUCAGUACUUGUGUUAUGGAAGUUCUAUAAUGGAUGUGAUUGUGAAUCAAUAGGCGACCAAUGACAUUAAUUUUCUUUCCUUAACUUACUUCUCAGGAAUGUUGUUUUCUAAUUUUGUAUAUCAUUUUUAAAUAAUAUGAAAAAAUGUUUUAUGUAUUAUUUUUUAUAGAUGAUGCUAAUAGACCUGUUGAAGUUUAUGUGUAAUUUACAUGCUUUGUAUGAAUGAUGAAAUUGAAUUGUCUGUGUUAUAUGAAAGAGUAUCAUUGGCAAAAUGUAAAACUAUGAAACCAGGAGUCACGAGUUUGAGCGCCUGCUCCUUCAGCGAGAAUUUUUUAUUUUUUCGGGUAAGAAUAAUUCCUUGUGUGCGUAUUUUACAUCUGAUUCAUAAAUGAAGGUAGAGAAGUCCUUUGAAUUGAAGCAUCUUCUGUAUCUUGCAGUACCCACUGGAAACUUAAAAUGACUAACAUCUGUCUGGAAGAGCUGCCCAAAUGAUAUAUGUUUGGCUUACGUACUUAGACACACAUGGAAGCUCGCCUGCUUAGCUCAAUAGGGAGAGUGCAGAUCUACGGGUCCUGAGUUCAGUCCCAGGGCGGGGCGUAUGUUCUCCGUGACAAUUUGAUAAAAGACAUUGUGUCUGAAAUCAUUCGUCCUCCAACUCUGAUUCACAGGGGAAGUUUACAGUUACUUGCAGAGAACAUGUUUAUACUGGUACAAAAUCCAGGAGUGCUUGGUAGGUUAACUGCCCGUCAUUACAUAACUGUACUACUGUUGAAAAACACCGUUAAACCCCAAAACAAACAAAAUUCAACACACAUGCAAAAAAUCAUGAGCCAAGAAAAAUGGUUAUCAAGGGAGAUAUAGGUCCUAAACUUGGAAAUAAUGUCUGAUAACAUAUAUAUUUCUUUCUCUUCUGGCAAAUUUACCUGACAGAAACCCAGUCAUUCCUAAUUAAUGGUACUUAGAGGGGUGUUUGAUGCAGACAUAUUAUGUUGUAUAUUUUUUAUGGAUAAAACUUAAAGAAUCUCCAACUUCUCAGGCUAGGUCCUAAGUCAUUUAGAAAAACUGCAGUCCCCAUCUCAAAGAAUAACAAAGGGAUCUUCUAUUUAAAAUGGAUCUUUCUUCCCAUUUUGCAAAAUGAUUAUAAUUAUGGUCUCUUGUUUAUUAUACAAUCAUGUAGUCUUUGGUCAAUAUUACAUUCAGUAAGGUCAUUAAAACUACAUAUUAAAGACGUAUCUGGGAGUUGCCAAUGCGCAUCUUUUUGCGCAUUCACUUUUAUGUUACAAACAGUUGUAUAUGCGGAUAAUUUAGCUGACACACAUUGAAUUGAUCACUUUAUCAAUAAAUAUUUAUAGUUAUAUUAAACGAUUUCAUUGUAAUGUGCUAGAUAUGAGUUGUUUAAUAAGUGAUAAUGUUUUAUCAGAUGAAAUUGUGAAACAAUUGAAAGCAGGUGACAUUGUCUCCAGCAUUUGAAAUAAUUCAUUACUCGCAAUGACUUUUGAUGGUUUAAAUCAAUUGCUCACUGAAACAUUAUGAGAUGGGAAGAUUGAGUGUUUUCAAGAGUAAAAAAUUCCCUCAUCAACAUAAUGUGUACUGAAAUAAUAAAGUUCAAAAGUUUAAAGGGAGGUAAUUAAAUGUUAUAAAUCUUGGAAACGAGCAAGGCGAUCUAUAAUAGGUCUUUUAACAUUUUCUAGUGUAAUAUAUGUUGAAGUAUAUAUACAAGAAAAAUUGUACAUUUCUCUGCUGGAAUUAUUUUUAUUUAUAAAAACAUGUAAAUUUUACCUGAAAUAACUGAUAUUAUGGUUAUUCCAGAUUUUAGAAAGCUAAAAUUAAAAUUUUAGUGAAUAACAUACAGGUGUUAUCAAGUAUCUUGGAAUAUUAUUACUUGGCUUUUCUAUUUUAAAGUAUGAUACAUAGUUUUAUGAUAUUUGGUAACUAAUAUUUUUUUGCCUAUUUUUAACUUAAUGACAAAUAGUAGUGUUCUAAAAAUAGUCAAAGUACAAUAGAUAGCCUGGCAACCGAUACUUAUGAAGUUUGUUUUUAUUUUAUUAUAAUUCAUCUUAAAGAGCAUACAAGUAAAAUUUUAGAAAAUUCUUUGCGCUACAACUUAUAUCCGGAUAAGUCUUUAAUCAAAACAUAUGUCUUCAAGUGUUUAACUAUAUAGAGUGAGAAAAUAGUAUUAGUUGGAUAUUUUAUAUUUGUAUUGGUGCAAGUCUUUACUUUAUGUGGACUCGCAUGAACAUCCUCCUCAACUAUAGAAAUAAACAUUGUACAGCAGGGUAUAUUAUAUUAGGGUACUUGUAUAAAAAGACUUAAGGCGACUUAAUAUUUAUUAGAGUGGUGUUUAAAUUAUAUUUAAACAUACAUGGUGUAUUAUUUAUAAAGGGAACACUUAUUAUAUUGUCCACUGUAAAGAUUGAGCAUUCUAUAAUAUUGUUAUUAUCUACUGUUGAUAAUAAAGCUGUUACUAAUAUUGAUUUUCAGAAGAUUUAUUGAUGACUGUUUCCUACACUUGCCUCCUUUCUGUCGACAGGUAGUUAUUAUCCCACAUUUGCCUCCUUUCUGUCGAUAGUUAGUUAUUAUCACCAUUGUAUUUGGAAAGGCAUCAGUUAUAUAUGGAAUGAUCUGACAGUUAUUCAUGGUAUAAUUGAUGCACCACAUUGUCAGGUCUGUGUUUAUGUGCACUUGACAUAUAUACUUGUUUAUAAAUAUAACUUUGUUGCAUUUUUAUUAGGAAAUAUCAAACUUCCUGUUUUGAACAAAUUUAUAUCGAUAUGUAUGCUUUGUUGUAGGGACAGAUUUGUCUAGGCUGCUGGCCGAGCUUCAAACUUCAUUGGCAGUGGCACAGCACAUUGUUUUACAAUCCGCUUCUAAAAGUUGUCGUUCCUACCAUACUUUCAUCUCUGUCAUCAUCUACUAAGAAGUAUACUAGCUUUGAGUAAAAAAAGUAGAAUGUUUAUAAUUCAACAAUGGAAGAGGUCAUUUCAUGUGCAUUGAAAGAAAAAAAAAAAACAAGUUGUGAUUGUUGUACGUACUCUCUGACUGAUAAGGUGCAUGAAAACAACUUCAAACAUAACAUUUUUUACUGUCUAUCCUUUAAAAAAAUUACCAAAAACAGUCGAGCAAAAAGUAGGCUUGAUGAACUCACAGCAAGAGUUGUGAAAAUUUUGGAAUUUACACAAAUUUGUGAUUUUCUCAUUGUUACUAAAGGUCAAUAAAUAUGUUAGAGGAAAGUCUUAUAAACUUAUCUGUUAGUUUUUAAUCAAAAUCGGGGUUGGAUGUUGACAGAGGUGACUGCUUCAGAAGUGAAAAUGGAAGAACGACAACAUUGUAACGGAAAUUUUUUGUUAGACUGUAACUGCAUUAACUUAUUUUCAAAUUUUUCUUCAAAGUUUAAGAAAGUAUAGAUUCAUGUACAAGUGCAUUUAAAAAAUGUUGAUUCAUGCUAAUGUACAUUUAAUUUUUGUGUACCAAAUUGAUUCGACUUUCUGACAAAAAAAUCUAGCUGUGUUAGAAUAUAAAUUUGUCCUUCCUAUGCAAUCACAUAGUACUUUAUACAAGUAAGAGAAUUGUCUAACCUAACUAAAGUUAUAAAAGCAUACGUAUUUAUGUGCAAUAGUAGUUUCGAGUUAAACAAUAAAGAUAUUCAUUACUCAG